GUGUUUAAAGGUUUUGAAAAGAGGGACGUUUGAAAUCUAACAAGCAGCGUUCAGGGAAAGUGUCAGUCAGCCACGUUUAAAGCCGUCUGUGUAACUUGAGUUUAUUCAUUUUGUUCUUCAGACUUGCUGCUAAAAGCCUUGACUGUGGUUGGAGAAGUAAUCUUAACGCUGCAGUUGAUACUAAUUCCUUAUACAUGCAGCGACAAACAUCAGCUCUCGUCAAGUGGUCGACGUAGCUGCUAGCUAGCUGGGGUAGCGGUACCUGCUUGUGAGCUGCUUCCAGCUCGUUUAAAAUCUGGACAAACUGUCGGACGGUGGUCGCUCUCGGUCGUUGUGCAAUAACAUUUUGAGAAUAUGGACUCUGCCAGACUCAAAGUGACAAAGGACAUGAAAGUUCAAAGGCCUGAAGUGAAGUUGAGUGGUGAAGGACCGAAGCGGGUUCCUGUGUCACAGCAGUGUCAGACGGCUGUUGUUACACCAACUCCACAUCAGCGGGUCCUGGGUGUGUCAAAUGGACCUCAGCGGAUCCAGCGGCCUGUGAGCCAUCAGAAACCAGUGUCUCACGUCUCCGUUGCCAUCAAGUCCUCACAACCCUCUGAUCAGAACGCAAACCCCGCUACUCAGCAUGUAAAUCCUGCACCACAGCCAAAACCUGGCUCCCAGCAAAACCAGCUGAAGACAUGCAUGUCUGUGCCCAAGAUGAAACCAGAACCAGCCAAACCACCAUCGGAAUCAGCUAAGAUGGAGAAGCCACAGAACAAACCUGCCAAGAAUGAUUCUGCAAACGACUCUGCAUCCAAGAGGCGAUGGAGCCUGGAAAAUUUUGACAUUGGUCGUCCCUUAGGAAAGGGUAAAUUCGGCAAUGUCUACCUGGCCAGAGAGCGACAAACUAAAUUCAUCUUGGCCCUGAAGGUGCUAUUCAAGAAGCAGCUGGAAAAGGCCGGCGUGGAGCACCAGCUGAGGAGGGAAGUGGAGAUCCAGUCUCACCUCAGGCAUCCCAAUAUCUUACGUCUCUACGGCUACUUCCACGACGCUUCUCGUGUGUAUCUCAUCCUUGAGUUUGCACCGAAGGGAGAACUGUACAGUGAGCUUCAGCGCUGUGGGAGUUUUUCUGAGGACAGAAGUGCCACGUACAUCAUGGAGCUGGCAGAUGCUCUCAACUACUGCCACUCCAAGAAGGUGAUCCACAGGGACAUCAAACCAGAGAACCUGUUACUGGGGGCAAAUGGGGAACUGAAGAUCGCAGACUUUGGCUGGUCUGUUCACACACCCUCCUCCAGGAGGUCCACUCUCUGUGGAACACUAGACUACCUGCCUCCAGAGAUGAUUGAGGGAAAAACUCAUGAUGAAAAGGUGGACCUGUGGAGCCUGGGUGUCCUCUGCUACGAGUUCCUGGUUGGAAAACCCCCCUUUGAGGCCAAAAGUCACGAGGACACCUACCGCAGAAUAUCAAGGGUGGAGUACACUUACCCUGCUCAGACCAAUGUCAGUGCUGGAGCCAAAGACUUGGUUGCCCGGCUGUUGAAGCACAACCCCAUGCACAGGCUCCCCAUCCAGGGAGUCCUGACUCACCCCUGGGUGGUCGAGUGUUCCACCAAAAAGCCCACAACCCUGAAGAACGAGGAGCCCAGCCAGUGAGCCUCUUUGUGUUGGUGUGUUGGGGUUUGAACAUGAACACCACUGUGCAGAUGAUAAUAGAAUGUGCUUCUAAGUUGACCACCAGAUCACUUCAUGUGGAUGUUUUCAUCUGCAGGUAUCUUGAGCCACCAGGUUAUCUUUUGUUUCAUCUACUUAUCCCUUUGACUUUCCUUGUCUUAACAUUGGCAGCCUAUUGCCUGUAAAUAUUUCACUGUCUUUGUAGAAUUAUCAAAUUUUAUUGAACGUUUCUAAAUGCUGUUACUUGAAAUAAGAAAUAAAUUAUCUUCCUUUGAAUGA